CAUCUCUAGUGGAUGGUCUAUAUUUGGUUGUCUAUAUGUUCAUAUAGACAAUGGUCUAAAAAGAUUCUCUUUUAGACAUUCCCAGUUUUUCAGUGGAUGGUCUAUAUUUAGAAGGUCUAUAAUCUCUCUCCUAUAUUUUAAUAAUAUCUUAUAACCAUCACUCAAUAUUUCAAAUGGCUAUAUUUUCAACGGCUAGUUUUCCAACGGCUAGUUUUCCAACGGCUAGUUUUCAGUUCUACAUAUACCACCCCCUCCCACCUCUCAUCCAUCAUUCUUGGUUGUGCCUUCACUCAUCUCUCUUCCAGAUUCCUUUGUUCUCUCUCACACAACACAAUGAGUGGAAACAUUUCCUCUUUAGAUAUGCUUAUAAAUUCGUCGUCAUCUUCAUCCGACGACGAUGAACUCAUUCUUGCAGCAUUUGCUGAGCGCGAGGAGGAAGAGCAGGGGAAUGCUCGACGCCAUGGCGGUUCCAAGCAUGGUCGUCAGACAAUCGAUCGAUCAAGAGGUGCCGGAUUUGUUCUUCUCUGGAAUGACUACUUCAGAGAAAAUCCUAGCUAUCCUGAACACUUUUUUCGUCGAAGGUUUAGGAUGUCCCGUGUUCUGUUCAAUCGCAUAGUUGAUAAUAUACUUGAACAUGAUUAUGAUGGUUAUUUUACGCAAAAAAGAAGUGCUUGUGGACUUCUUGGUUUGCAUCUAUUGCAAAAGAUGACCGCGGCAAUGCGGAUGCUAACUUAUGGAAUAGCAGCUGAUGGUGCCGAUGAGUACAUCCGUUCCGCGGAAGCUACAAAUUUAGAAGCUUGCAAGAAGUUUGUGAUCAAAGUUUGUGAAAUCUUUGGGGAUAAGUACCUGAGAUCUCCAAAUGAAGAAGAUACUGCAAGAUUACUUGCAUUAGGGGAGGAAAGAGGAUUUCCUGGUAUGUUAGGGAGUAUAGAUUGUAUGCACUGGGGUUGGAAAAAUUGCCCCAAAAAAUGGCAUGGCAUGUUUAAAGGCCAUGUGAAAGAACCCACAAUGAUCUUGGAAGCAGUUGCUUCACAAGAUCUUUGGAUUUGGCAUGCUUUUUUUGGCUUACCAGGGUCUAUCAAUGAUCUGAAUGUUCUACAACGUUCUCAUGUGUUUGCAAAGCUAGCUGAAGGUGAAGCUCCAGAAGUGAACUAUACUGUCAAUGGUCAUCAAUAG